UGUGUUUGUUUCAGGUGGAAUUGAGAAUCCUAGGUCCUCGGUGAUAGGUCUUUUCCGAAGGGAGAGUACCGGUUCAGCGCAUAUGAGCAGUUGCGAGUCGUCGCCACAGAGGGAGCGACGCGGUUCGACCGGUCCGAACGCUGUACUUCUGAUCGAAGAGGGCGGAGGUGGAGGCGCCGGGCUCGAUCCGCUCGGGGCGGUUCCCAAGCUGGGCGCGAUCCCGCCGCCCCCGCAGACGCCAUCCGGACAACGCAGAGCGCCCCGACGUGGCUCGAUGCUCGAGCUAAGCGGGUCCAUAACGAGAGACACCAUUCCGGAGGAGAAUUACGGCAACGGAGGUGCGAGAAGGCCGUCCUGGCUGCCGCCCGUACGACAAACGCCUAGGUUACAAGUGAGGCGGCAGCAGACCCUAGGCCCGGCGCUUAUAUCCGCCGCAUCGUCAGCGACAUCCGACGACAGUUCCGAGAACGAAGACAUGGAUUGCCUGAUGAAACCGAACGGCAACUUCUGAAACACAGCCGCCUCCUGAGCCUUACCCAAACCUCCACAAACUAAAACAAAACACACACCUUCUCCUCCAUUAGCAGAAUUUACCACACAACCUACUCUCCAGCAUAGUGUACUUAAGAAAAAGAAGAAGUAAUUAAUCAAAGGACUUUAAUACUUUACGUUUAGGGUUUUUUUUUUGUAUCUACAUAAGUUAACUUUCAUCCUAUCAAUUUAGUCCUUAUUUUUUACGUAAUUAUUGUUAUAUUUAAGGCGAUUUAAGCAAUUCGAGUUUUAAUUUAAUUGAAAACAAAAGUAAUCAUUUAAAGACAAAGUAUUACAGAAGAAAGAAAACAAAAACAAAAGAAAACAGAAGUCUCGAGACGGAAAAGCGAAACAAGUCAAUAUUAAAUAAUUUUAACAAAAAAAAAAAGUAAAGAAAAGAAACAAAUAUUUAUAUAUAUUUAUGUAUAAUUAAAAUAAGCGAAUGAAAUGAAGAAGGGAAUGAUUUGAAUACGAGCACAAAAAAAAAGAUGGCGCUGUAACAAGAGCGCGCAGUAACAAAAGCGUCAAAUGUGUGCAGCCUUUUGUUAUGCGCGCUUUUGUCGGAUCACCAGAAAACACACACAUAAACGAGUGUGAGCGAAAGUAAAAAUUAAAAAAAAAAACAUUAAAUUAUCUGUGAUUGUUGAUUGAUUCAAUCUGAGGGAAUAUUUUGUGGAACAAAGCAAAUAUUUAAAAAAGUUUUGCUUGAUUUAUUAUUUUUUUUCUUUUCGUGUUUUCUCGAGAUAGACUUUAGAAGGGAUUUGUAAAGAAGUAAAGAAUCGUCCAAAAAAAAAAAAUUAAAAAAAAAAAAAAAAAAAAAAAAAAAAAAAAAACACGUAGUGAAUCUUAGCCGAAGCGAUGGUAAUUAUUAAUCAAAUUCGCUGAUCCUAGUUAAUUGUUCGGAUUAGUUGGCUUUGUACACGUAAAAGAAGAAGAAGAAAAA